AUGCCAGUAGUGCAUGAUGGCAUAUAUCCUGCUAGCACCACCUCACACUAUCUCUGGAAAUGCUUUGAAAAACAAGCCUCAUUCGAUGGCCUGUUGAAUGACUUAAACAGCGAGUCUCAGGAAAACAGUUUACGAGCCACGUAUCCACCAGGAGGACGUGGCACUUGUGGAAAAUCUUUGUUAGCACCAACUAGUCACAGUACUUCAGUCCACAACAAUCACACUAUCCAUUCAGAGAUUAAUCCUGCAAAACCCAAGGUAGUGACAGUGGUAAAGGCAGGCAGGCAACCAUACAAGAAGAUAACAAUUCUCUUGAAUAGACGCUGUAUGCAGACCUUUGAACAGCUUAUUGCUGAUAUAUCAGAAGCUUUGGGUCAUCCCUGCUGGAAAAGUCAAUCAGUGAAAACGCUGUACACUUUGAAAGGGAAAGAAAUAAGAAGUGUUUCUGACUUCUUCAGAGGAGAUGAUAUGUUCAUUGCUGCAGGGAGAGAGAAGUUGACUAUGGUAGAUGUACAGGACGUUUUAGAAGAACUUUAUCCUGACAGUCCAUGUGCCCAGAGCCUGAUUCAACAACAAUGGUUUCAGUCUCAGAAACCUUAUAACAAAUGCAGUGAUAAGAAGGGAUCAAAGGCAGAUGAGCCUGAGCUUUCCAAACCUAUUGGCAGUGUUAAAUCUGCAAGACAAAUAGCUAAAAACAUAGAGAAAGUCAGAGCCACAGUCAGAAAACAAGAAAGAGAAAAGGCUCGGAAAUGGGAACAAGAGAGAAGCGAGAGAGAGAAAAGAGAACUGUCCGAGAAACAAAAAGAGAAAGAGAGGAUACAGAAAAAAAACCCAAGCUUUAAUGCUGACAGAGAGAUUGAAAAGUGUAAGAUCAAUAAAAGAGAGGUGAAGCAAAAGCAAGAAGAGAUGAAACGAGAGAUCAAGAAUGACACAGGAACAUGCAGAAGUGAGUGCAGAAGAACAAAAGAUGAAAUCAAGAGAUUUUGGGUCCCAGAACUUGAAGGGGAAAAAGAGAAAAGGGAAAAGGGAAGUGAUCAAAACUUGCUUUAUGAGGUUGAAGAGAAAGAAAGAGAAUACACAAGGAAAAGCAGAGGGAAGAAGUUGGAUGCUGAGCGAGCACAGCCGCUAAAUAAUAUAAAAGAGGAAAAGAAGCAACUGAAAGACAGGAGCAGGUUGGUGAAAGUGGAAUCUGAAAGGUGGCAAAAUGGGAAACUGCGAUACCAUGAACAGGUAGAUAAUGAUGAAGAGGAAGAAAUAUAUAAUCAUCCAGAAGGCUUACUGAAUGAAGAAGAUGAAAACUAUAAAAAUGCAAAACAGGAGAAUCAAAAGGAUGAAAGAAAACAAUAUUGUGGACAACAAAAGCUAAGGAAUAAAGAAGACCAAAGGUGGAAAGAUAUGGGAUGCAAAGAAGCUCAAAGCCAACCUCCGAGUACUUUUGCUGUAGAAAAAAUUAUAAUCAGAAAAGACAAUGAUACUCAGUCAAGGGAAACACAUAUGCUCACAUCAAAACCACAACAAACCAUACCUCAGAGAGAAAUCGAGAGUUAUUAUGAGAUUGGCAGUACUAUUGGGGAUGGCAACUUUGCUUUAGUAAAGGAAUGCAGGCUUAGGAAUACAGAAGAGUGGUACGCAGUGAAAAUCAUAGAUAAAGCAAAGAUAAAAGGAAAAGAAGAUAUGAUUAAAAAUGAGAUUGCAAUUGUAAAGAGCAUUUCACAUCCUAAUAUUGUGAGGUUUAUUGAAGAGUUUGAAAGUGAUACUGAGAUAUACAUCAUUAUGGAGUAUGUUCAUGGAGGGGACCUAUUUGACGCAAUUACAGAAAAUGUUAAGUUUACAGAACAAUGUGCCGCCUUCAUGAUAACCAAUCUUUGCAAGGCCUUGGCAUAUAUCCACAGUAAGAACAUCGUACACAGAGAUAUGAAACCAGAAAAUCUUUUGGUUCAGUGCGAUGCAGAUGGAAACACAGCACUGAAACUGGCGGACUUUGGUCUUGCCGUGAAGGUGACAGAACCGAUAUUUACUGUAUGUGGAACCCCGACAUAUGUGGCUCCUGAAAUCCUAUCUGAGACAGGUUACGGGUUAGAGGUGGACAUGUGGGCCACAGGAGUGAUCUUGUAUAUCCUAUUGUGUGGCUUUCCUCCGUUUCGCAGUCUGGAGCGAGAUCAGGAGGAGUUAUUUGAAAUCAUCCAGCUUGGAGAAUAUGAAUUCCUUUCUCCAUAUUGGGACAACAUCUCUGAUGGCGUCAAGGGACUCAUCAGCAAACUUCUGGUGGUGGAUCCGAAAAAACGUUACACAGCCCAGCACGUACUCCAGCACCAUUGGAUCCAAUUGGGGGGCAAGAUGAACACCCCUACCCUAAAGGGAGAAAUGACAACAAACUUAGAGGCACAUUUCAAGAGUCAUCAUUGCCAGGAAAUGAGGGAUUCAGCAGUAUGAUUUUAACAAGAACUUGAUUGCUAUAAUGCCGUUCAUGUAGGGUAACAUCUUAGAGAGUUUUAUAAGUACAGAGUGAGAUGUAAGCAAGGGAGAGGGGAGAAGGGAGAAAAGGGGAGAUGACUAUAGGUGUGUUCAAUGAGGCAGGAUCUGAGACAGAAAGAGAGAGGGCGAGACAGAGUGGUAGAGGAAGGCAAUUCCAGAGGUUUCAGCAUUGACUGGCCCUUAAUCAUGAAACUGUGAACUGACCUGCUUCUUAUAGAUAGGUUUAAAAACAGCAAAUCCUGGAAGUACACAACAGGCCUAUUUAAGCAUUUUAACAGAUAGUUGUGUUAAAGGUUCAUUUGCAACAUCUUUAUAAAGUGGAAGAGGGUGAGUGGAAACAGAUGAAGGAAACAAAGACAUUAGGAAGAAAGUGACAAUUUAGAACCACUAACUGCACACAUAUGUGGCAACCAACCAUUCAAGAUUUGCCAGUAUAGAAUAUCUCCAAUGCGAAAGAAACAUUAGAAGCAGUUAAGUGUGUGUCUAAGUAAUAUUUGAUAUGAUUGUUUGUAGUAAUUGUAUGAUUUAUAUUUUUUUUAAAUUGUAACUCUCUAACCUUGCUAACAUCCAUAAGAACAACGACACAACAAAAUUACAUUUGUAUAACGCCUUUCACGUCG